AUGUCCAACGUACUCCGCAACGCUCUCCCAAUCCUACGACGCCGCCUCGCCGCCACCACCCGUCACUAUGGCACAACCCCCGACACAGCCCCCGAGGCAUACAACAUGACAAAGUUCUCCAAGUUCGACUGGCAAGAUCCCAUGCAACUCUUCGAAACGCAACUUUCCGAAGACGAAAAAGCUAUCUCCCAAACCGCCCAUGAUUUCUGCCAAGAAACUCUCAAACCAAAAGUCACCGAAAUGUAUCGCAACGAAUCCUGGGACCCCACCAUCCUUCCUUCUCUCGGAGAACUCGGUUUGCUCGGCUCUACUAUCGAAGGAUAUGGUUGUGCUGGGGUAAACUCGGUUUCUUACGGUCUGAUCGCUAGGGAAGUGGAGAAAGUUGAUUCGGGAUAUCGAUCUAUCAUGUCGGUGCAAUCUUCGCUGGUCAUGGGUCCAAUCCACCAGUUCGCAAGUGAAGCGCAAAAGGAAAAAUAUCUGCCUAGGUUGGCCAAGGGAGAAUUGGUGGGUUGUUUCGGUUUGACUGAACCAAACCAUGGCUCAGACCCUUCAAGUAUGCAGACCACCGCAACGGACACGGGGGAUGGAGAAAUAGUACUGAAUGGAAGCAAAACUUGGAUUUCCAACUCUCCCCAUGCAGACCUAUUCGUUAUCUGGGCCAAAUGCAAAUGGGAUAACAAGAUCCGAGGGUUUAUCGUCGAAAAGGGGACCAAAGGUCUCAGCGCACCCGCCAUCAAGAACAAGCUUCAGCUCCGCGCUUCCGUUACUGGAUCGAUCUUUUUGCAAGAUGUGAGGGUGAAACGAGACGAAUCUCUCCUCCCGCAUGCUCGACCGGGGUUGGGUUCGCCUUUCGAAUGCUUGAACUCGGCGAGGUAUGGGAUUUCUUGGGGUGCAAUGGGUGCGUUGGAAGCGUGUAUUGCUGAAGCUAGACAGUAUGCGUUGGACAGAUCGCAGUUUGGCAGACCGAUUGCCGGAUUCCAGCUUAUCCAGCAGAAGCUGGCAGAUGCAAGUACGGAAGCCGCUCUGGGUUUGUUGUGCAGUCUGCAGUUGGGUAGGAUGAAGGAUGCCGGUCAGUGGAGCCCGGAGAUGGUGAGCUUGGCAAAGAGGAAUAACUGUAACAAAGCUCUACAGCAGUCGAGGAGUCUGUUGGAUAUCUUUGGUGGGAAUGCAACCAGCGAUGAGUAUCAUACGGGCAGACAUGUUCAGAAUCUGCAGACGGUGAAUACUUAUGAGGGUAGUUAUGGAAUCCAUACGCUCAUCUUGGGCAAGGGGAUCACUGGUUUGCAGGCUUUUGCCAACUAA